CGUUUAUGUAGUACGCCAUCACUUGUCUAUACAAUUCAAUGCAAGCAUUUAUGCCUAAUAAUGGCAAACAAACAACCCUCAUCCAUUAUCAUCCAAUCCUUUCACAUUUAUAUUUUACUUCUAUUUUCUGAAAAGCUUUGACUAUAUAAUAUAAACUUAAUUAGUUUUUGUAUAACUGAAAAAGUGGUGGAAAUGGGAAAUAGAAAUGGAGGUUUAGAUGGAACGCAAAGAAAGGAAGAGAAAGAAGGAAUAAAGUUGAGUGAGAUAGUAUUAAGGGUUUUGGCAUUGUUACUAACUCUAAUUGCAGCUAUUUUGUUAGGGUUGAACAAGCAAACCAAAAUUGUACCUAUUAAGAUUUCACCUGAUCUUCCUGCUUUUGAUGUUCCGGUUAGCGCCAAAACUUCAUACGUUUCCGCCUUUGUGUACUUUGUGGUGGCGAACUCCAUAGCAUGUGCAUUCGCGGCCGUAACACUAGCUCUUGCAUUAAGCGGGAAAGGAAUUAUACGUUUGAUGAUAAUAAUUGUAGAUUUGAUGAUGGUUGCGUUGUUGUUUUCGAGCAUCGGAGCAGCGGGUGCUGUUGGACUCAUAGGUUCUAAUGGUAACUCACAUUUACGGUGGAACAAAGUUUGCAAUGUUUAUGCCAAAUUUUGCCACCAAGUUACGGCUUCUCUUGCCCUCUCUUUAUUGGCUGCAAUAGCAUUUCUUUUCCUGGUAAUUCUCACUGCUUCAAAGCUCCAUAAAACACCCUAAUAAUAUUGUCUACUUAACUUUGUGGUUGAACAAAUUGAAACGGAUUGGAAGGUUUCUCAUUCCAUUGUGGUAUGGAUUGAAAACCGGGCCCCAUAUCAAUAUGGAUUUGUUUGGCUCGACA